GGAACAUUGUCUGCAAUUGUUGCAGAAGCCCUGAUUGAUUUGAAGCCACAGCCUCCAUUGGCAUCCGAUGGGAUCUAUUUAAAUUGGCAUCUAUUGGAGGAAGACAACUGCAGCUCUGCGAUCAAUUCCUUUUAUCACAAUAUGGUAGGGGAGCUGAACAGGAGUUUUGACUUCAAAUUAAGUAUUGCCAAUUAUGGGAAAGUCAUUCUUGACUUCAUCCUUCUUGAUCACAAUCCUAGCAGGCCUAAAUUUGAAGAAGGCAGUGGGCCAUUGGACAUGCUUUCUGACACGGUCUCUUUGCUGAGGGAGGAUCUGACUGAGGCUGCUUCCCGGACGUCUACUGAUACUGAAUACCAAAAGCCAGCAAGUCAAACACUGGUUUCUGAGUAUGAUUAUGAGAGGGCUUAGUCACUAUUUAAAUCCAUGUCAACAUUUCAUGACCUGGACUUCUUCUUGAAUCCUUCGAAAGAUAGAGCUGAAGAAAAUAGUGUACCUGCAGGCAAGAUUCCUGGUGAAAUGAACAAUAUCCAUAUGGUCAAGGUUCCUGGUGAUCUUACUUGCAAGGUUUCAAUUAGUAGCCCCGGGGCAGGAAAUCCAUCUUAUGAGCCACCUGUUGUAGGAUCGGGCCAUAUUGAGCUAGGGCUUGUUUCUUUUCCUGAUGCGGUCGUUAUUGUGAACACACAAAAUUCAAGUGAAGUAAUGUUAGUGUCCAGAAGAAGUACAUAUCAAAAGAUUCUUGGUAUGGAGAAAGAAGGAAUUCAAGUAAUUGAGCGUGAUACAACCCUGCCAGUUGAUAUUAUAAUCAGUGCUGCAGUUUGCCUGGUGUGGUAUACUCACAAGAACAUUGGCAGAAAAGCCUCUGGUUUCAGUGAAGGAUCUUCAGUGUUAGCUUGUCAUAUUGAGAAUAUAGCAGCAAAUAUUCUUACAAACUUGAGCUUCGCUUUUAGGGCAUGCAUUCUGAUAUUUGAGGGGGAAUCUGGCUUUCUUGCUUCGGUAAUGGAAUCUUCAGAUGGACUUUAUGCUGCGGCAGCUAGUCUGGGAAUUGAUUUACAACUCCUUUGCUCCUUUUCACCUGAGUUAACUGAUGAGAUCAUAUUGAAAUCUAUUGCUAAGGAAACUAGGAUUAUUAGGGGUCUUUAUACUAAACUUCCUGAAUCAGAGACACUGGCAGAAUCUUUCCUGACCAAAUUUCCUUCUGUCAAUCCACUAUCAGCUCACGCAAUACUGUCUUCUGAAGGGAUGCUCAGUGACUUUUUUGAAUUAUCUCAUGAAUGCAGAGUCACCACGGUCCAAAAAUAUCAAGUUCCUGAUGAAAGUGUUUCUCUUUUUAGUGUUUUAUGCCAAUUUGGGGAACGUGAGGAUUCUCGGUCUAUAAUGACAGACUGCUCUUCUUCAGUGUCAUCGGGCCCUGACUCUAAACACUGCCAUAGUAAGCUGGAUUCUGGAGGGAAAAGAUGUAAGUAUGAGAAGCACCCUGACAAAGGUGAUGUACCUGUGGACGACCUGCUGCAUUUCCAGCCUUCAAAACUAUGUAACAGCAGCUCCUCAAAACUUCCUGGGUUUACAAAUCUAUAUGAUUCGACAAUACUCAAAGAUCAGGAGAUACACAACAAGUUUAAAGAGCCCAAUUCAUGUGUUGAUCAUUUCCUAGGUCAAAAAAGAGGGAUGGAUGAGUCAACUACCACAUAUCCUUCUAGAGUCGGCAAUCGAUUUGAUUCUGGGAUCAAGAAAGGUGUUUUCUCCUCUAAUGUGACUGAGCACCAAAGCCUAGCUCCUGAUGAUGAUUUCCUUUAUUGGUACACAGGAGCACACCUAGCUACAAUGGACACCUUCGAUUGGACGGAUAUCAAGAUCUCUGAUAUUGUUCAUGAGGACACUAAAGGUGAAGCUAUCAACCUUACCCAUCCAUCAAUUGCUAAUCCUUUGGAGUUUUCGUUUUCAUUGCCAGAUCUGGAAAACAAUGCCAGAGGUGGAUCCAAUCAUGCAAGUAGAUUUUCCUUCGAUCGACACAAUUAUCCGACUUUCCCAACAGUUGCUGAGAGUGAUUCUACUUCAUUCAUUCAUAGCCCUGGGAAUCAUCAAAGGCAAAGUUUACAGGAAGAAACUGAUUGCUUUUUAUCUACGGAGCUAGUAAAUGACAAAAUGCCUACCGACAAUCAGGACAAACUCUUUAAGGGGUUUUUGGAUGGGAGAUCCAUGGAGAAUUUACAUGGUAUACCAGUACAGAAGAACAGGGCAAGGUAUAAUGGAACACCACUUAGAAAUGCCAUUCACAUGCCCCACUUGCAAAAAGGUUCACCCUGGACAAUUGAAUUUCUGAACAGAAUCCGGGAAAAGAGCAAGUUGUGGCAGCAAUCCCUUCCAUCCAGUGCAUCUCCUUGUUAUGGCAAUACACGGACCAAAUCAAAUACAACAAAGAGAAGAAGUCCAUCGAUUCUCGAAUUUUUUAAGUAUCAAGGAGGUAGCACUGUCAGAAAAAAACCUGAAGAGAAGAGGCAGAAGAGAUCCACACAAUCAUUUGGUUCGUUCAAGAGUGGAAAAGUGGCAGCAUCUCUGGUCCCCUCAUGGACUCCUGUGGAUAAAAGAGCAAGACGGAAACUUUCCUUUGUGACAAAUGAUGCUGAGAGCCAGACUAAGCUGGUUUGGGGUGAUAAAGCCAGAGAAAUUCACGACCACUGAACAUGUGCUUCUUGAGCUGAUCAAAGGAUAGAGAGUUAGGAACUGAAGAACCAAGAAAAAUUUAUGGGAUUUCCCAGGGGAUUUUUCAUCAAGAAAUUAUGCACUUAUAGGUGAGUUUCCAUUAGGAUUUAUUUCCUCUAUUAAGUCAGACUAAGCUUAUGGCCGAAAAAAUUUCAGACUAGGCUGGUAACUUCAGCUGCACAGAUCAAACAUUAACAAAUGUUCUCUCUUAUUAGUCGAGCAAAUUCCUCUAGCAUUUUGAAUAGAACUAUCUAGAGAAAUUAAAGUCAUCACUGAUGUAUAGUUCUUGUAUUGUUAUUCAGUCGCUACUUGUGACG